AUUUGACACAUGUCAAACUGGCGGUAGCAGUGGUGGUGGUGGCAGUGGUUUGUCAUUGUUGGCGUUCGGGUGUGUUUGUAUAUCAGAAUUUGUGUUGCAGCGAUAUCUCCAUAUCGAGUGGCACAACCAAACCCAAUUACUGUCAAAUCCACGUAUCCUGACGAAGGAAGCGGCGAGUGCAGCAGCAGCAGCAGCAGAUCAAAAUCACGCACACUCACACACACACACAUAUACACAGGCAACAACAACUGACUAGAAGUAAGAGUGCGAAAGAAAGGAAGGAAGGAAGGAAGAAUAAAUAAGCGACAGCAGUAAGAUGGCGGCCACCGACGGAGAUGAUGUUAUCACCGAUCAGGACAAGGUGAGGAUCGUGUCCGAUUUCAUACUGCACUCUCCGCCCGGAGAAUUCAACGAGGUAUUCAACGACGUUCGCAAGCUGCUCGACAACGACGAUCUGCUGAAGGAUGGGGCGAGCGGUGCGUUCGCCCAAUACAACAAGGACCAGCAGAUCCCUGUGAAGAUAGAGAAUGCAGAGUGUGCCGUCCUCAUCACCGAGUACAACGACCUGGGCAACAACAGGUUCUACGAUCCGCGCACCAGGCAAAGCUUCAAGUUCGAUCACCUGCGAAAGGAGGCGUCCGACUAUCAACCGCACGCUCCGGACGCGACUGCAGAACCGUGGCGCGCCGCUCUCGAUGCCGAAUUCGCACUCUACACACGCAACCAUUACAAGGACGGCGUCUGCAGCGCGAUGGGCAGAUCGCAGCCGGGCGGUGCGAUCACCUUGACCGCCUGCAUCGAGGACCAUCAAUUCCAGCCGAAAAACUAUUGGAACGGACGCUGGAGGUCGCAAUGGAUAGUGACGAUGAAUCAGGGUGCCGCCGGUGCCGUCGCCGACGUCAAGGGGAUCCUGAAGGUGCAGGUGCACUACUACGAGGACGGCAAUGUGCAGCUGGUCAGUUCGAAGGAGAUCAAAGAGUCGGUGCAGGUGACCACGGAAGCGCAGACGGCGCGCGACAUCGUGCAGGUCAUCGAGGACUCGGAGAACUUUUAUCAGAAAGCGAUCUCCGAGAACUACCAGAACAUGUCGGACACGACUUUCAAGGCGCUCCGGAGGCUGCUGCCAGUGACGAGAACAAAGAUCGACUGGAGUAAGAUCGUCUCCUACAGUAUCGGUAAAGAGCUCAAGACGCAAUAGGUGGCCGUGCCUGCCGAAAGAUUGGUGGACAGUCACAGAUAUAUGUGUGUGUGUGUGUGUGUUAUGUGUAUUUGUAAUCCAAUCCCUACAACCCAACCUACUACAUUGUUAUCGCGCUUAAAGGGGGAACGGUGUGUACAUAUAAUUAACAAAAAAAAA